AUGUUCGUUUCUUGCUUCGUAAGGAAUCGUGUUUUUGGUGCUUAUAUUUUGUACGUGUAGAUCCCGAAACACUGCUUACGAAAUGUGGCAUUACGGAAUGUGUAUUGCAUUUUAUAUUUUUUGGGAUUUUUGUAUUGUCUUUUACGCAAAUUUUCUCUUGAACGCUGUCAAAGAUUGACCAAGGUUAGCAAAGCCAUUCUUCGCUUACUAUGAUGCUUUCACUCAAAUUUGUAGUGCGUAUCAAGUAGCACAAUGGGAAGCGAUGUGGUGUCCCUAGAUGCACUUCUAUUUCGGUUCUUGUGCCAACGUAUAGGUGUGUAAGUCGGGUGUUUUAUAUUUAUUUUUGAAAGACAGCUUCUAACAAAGCUUUUCAACUGUUUGUCUACAAGAUCCUGAGCGAAAAAAUAUCCUUGGUUAUGAUCUGAUAGCAGGACACGAAAAAUAUCUAACUCGCCUGAGAUGGUGAAUGAUCAAUGCAGGUGAACUUAAGAUAUUUAACAGAUGGGUCCACGUAUGUUCUUCAUAGAAGCGGUUUAGGAAUUUCUUUCAAAUGCGUGAGACAUGGUCGACCUAGACAGCCAUACUGAAAGAAUUCGUCAGCAUCGUCGUGCAUUGUUUCUGUGAAACGAAUCAUGACUUUCGAUUCAGUACUCCCAUGGCUUGAUUGACUUCAAAUCCGCUUAGUAUAGCGGCUCCGCCGACCCCCUCACAAAAGAGUAGUGGGACAAUAAGGUCGACGGAGUUGGCAGAUUAACCGUUUCAAACUUGUUCACGAAGAUGUGAUGGGACUCGUUCUUUACAUGGAUACACAUUCAGAUUCAAUUGUAACGUAACUUUUUUGGGUUAUUCAAGUUAUGAGUAAUUCUAUAUGCUUUUGGGUUUGCCAGUUGUGAAAUUUAUUACUGAUGAUAGCUGGUUAACCUCAGCUCGCUCUCUGCUCUACCAGGACAUCUUUAGUAGAGACUUUCAUCUAAUUCAAGGUCAAUCAAGAUCUGGAAAACGCAAUUCUUUAGGGUACGCUUCAAGACAAUUCGGAUCUGGAGAAAGGCAACUGGUGUUCUAUUUGAGUCUGAGCUGCAGCCUCAAGAAGGGGAACCUGCUUAGUCUCAAGAGCUUGAGUAAAAAUGAGGAGACUCCGUAGAGAGACAUUUCCUGAGAAAUGCCACCGGUACAGGGGAGUGAUCUUUGUUGUUUGUGUGCCUCUCGCUCUCAUCUCAGUAGUCUUGGUGCUGAUGCCGCGCAUUCUUGAUCCGCCCAGUGCUGCCAGAUACGACUCUAAUUACGAACUUCCCAGCAACAAUGUGAGAGUUCCGGAACAGAAGCGAUAUGCAGUCAUUUUCGACGCAGGAAGCUCCGGUAGCAGAGUGCAUGUGUUUUCUUUUGACAAGAAUUUACAGCUUGUCAAAGUUGGGGAUGAAUUUGAAGUGUUUAAGCAGCUUCCUCAUGGACUGAGUUCUUAUGCGCUUAGUCCAAAGGAGGGAGCAGCGUCUUUGCAGCCUUUGCUGGACAUAGCUCUGAAAGUUGUCCCUGCUGAACAGUAUAGGACUACACCUGUACUUCUUGGUGCAACCGCGGGUCUUAGACUCCUUCCUGGAGAUCAAGCUACUAACCUUUUGAAAGAGGUUGAUACCUUGUUGAUGGAAAGCUCAUUCAAAUUCAAGCCCGAAUGGGUGAGUAUCAUAGAUGGAACACAAGAGGGCUCGUACCAGUGGGUCACAGUCAAUUAUUUACUAAAGCGCCUUGGGCAAUCCUUCGAUCAAACAGUCGGCAUUGUGGAUCUUGGUGGAGGUUCUGUUCAAAUGGCGUAUGCAAUUUCUGAUAAUGAUUUUUUGUCAGCUCCUAAACCCCGCAGUGGUGAACAAGCUUAUGUAAGGAGAAUGAGCCUCUUGGGAACCUCAUACAACUUAUAUGUGCACAGCUACCUCAGCUACGGAUUGUUGGCUGCCAGGGCGGAAGUUUUGAAGCUUGUGGAUGAGUCCAAAUCCUGCCCUUGUCUUGCUAAGGGCUUUGAAGGCUCAUACAUAUAUGCUGGACAGGAAUACAAGGCAAGUGCAAGCGCGGAUGGCGGAGAUUACAAGAAAUGUAGAACGCUUGUUGUUAACGCUCUCAAAGUGGAUCAAACUUGUGACAGCCUUAAGUGCACUUUUGGAGGAACCUGGAGUGGAGGCGGCGGUGCUGGAAUGAAGUCGCUAUUUGUGGCAUCCUUCUUUUUUGAUCGAGCUCUUGAGGCAGGGAUCGUAACAGAUCCUGAUGCCGCAGAGGCAGUGGUCAUGCCCUCAGAUUUUGAAGCAGCUGCUAAGAAAAUCUGCGUGCUUAGUAUUGAUGAGCUAGCUGAAGAGUAUCCGAAGCUAAAAGAGGAUACUAGAAAGUUCUUGUGCAUGGAUUUGACAUAUCAGUAUUCACUCCUCGUGUCAGGGUUUCAGGUGCAACCAGAUACGAAGAUUACGCUAGUCAAAAAGGUGAGAUACAGUGGGUCCUUUGUAGAAACUGCUUGGCCCCUUGGUAGUGCAAUUGAACUAGUAUCUCAAAACAAAGUUUAAGCUCCGACUCCAUGCAUCAUUCGAUACAAGCUGGUGUUCACUCGCUGUAAAUGACUAGUCGAUUUAGUCUGCACUUCUAGAUUUCUUUAUGGAAUAGGUGUAGGUGAGAAUCAAUUUUAACUUGAGCUAACUGCUAGGCACUAGACUGCUGCUGAAGAUGCAGAGAUUUUGUAGAAAAACUUGCAGGAUGUGAUGUUGGAGAUGUUGCAAUCCACCUGUUGACUGAGUAAAGCUCGUGCUCUAAUCCGGUUCUUAGUCUGGCCAACUCUCAAAUGUACUGUAUCCUUCACCCAGAAAUUGUUCAUUCUUUGAGUUAA